AUGAAUAGCUCAGCAACAAUGUCGGGCUUAAGCAUAGUUUUAGUGAUGGUCCUGUUGUGCAGCAGUGCAGUCUCGGAACUAUGCAACACAAAAGACAAGCAAGCACUUCUCCAGAUCAAGAAGGAUCUUGGCAACCCGACCACUCUCUCGUCCUGGGUCUCAACCACCGACUGUUGCAACGGGACCUGGCAAGGUGUUUUAUGCGACACCGACACCCAAACAUAUCGUGUCAACAACCUCGACCUCUCGAACCUUAACCUCCCCAAACCCUACAGAAUACCCGCCUCCAUCGGAAACCUUCCCUACUUGAAUUUCCUUACCAUCAGAACCAACCCCAACCUCGUUGGGGCAAUCCCCGCCGCCAUUACUAAACUCAACCAACUUCGCUAUCUCUAUAUCACCCACACCAAUGUCUCCGGCGCCAUACCCGAAUUCUUGUCGCAAAUCAAAACCCUCGUAACCCUCGACUUCUCCUACAACGACCACUCCGGCACCCUCCCUACCUCCAUCUCUUCUCUCGCCAACCUCGUCGGAAUCACUUUCGACGGCAACCGCAUCUCCGGCGCUAUCCCCGAUUCCUACGGCUCGUUUUCGAAUCUGUUUACGUCGAUGACGAUCUCCCGCAACCGCCUCACCGGGAAGAUUCCGGCGACGUUCGCGAAUCUGAACCUGUCGUUCGUUGACUUGUCUCGGAACAAACUGGAGGGUGACGCGUCGGUGUUGUUUGGGUCGGAUAAGAACACGCAGAAGAUACGUCUGGCGAAGAACUCUCUUGCUUUUGAUUUGGGGAAAGUGGGGUUGUCAAAGAACUUGAACGGGUUGGAUCUGAGGAACAACCGUAUCUAUGGGAUGCUACCAAAGGGACUCACGACGCUUAAGUUUCUGCACAGUUUGAAUGUGAGCUACAAUAAUCUGUGUGGUGAGAUUCCUCAAGGUGGGAACUUGCAAAGAUUUGACGUGUCUUCUUAUGAUCAUAACAAGUGCUUGUGUGGCUCUCCUCUUCCUGCUUGCACUUGA